AUGGAGCUGUGUACAGAACUUUAUUACCAAAAUAUUACAAGAAUUCUCAAGUUUCGUCAAAUUGAGGAUGAAUUAAAGGAAACACAAAUAGCUCUUAUCGAAGCCGGCAAAAGGAAUGAGGCCAAGUUGGUAAAACUGACAGAUCACAUUAAGGAAAGAAGCGAAUCACUUAACAAGCAGAAAAACAAACUCAGAGAUAUUCAGAUAAAAGUGAUGAUACACUCAGCAGGAUCGAGCUUAACUGCAGACAAAGAAUCGAACUGGGAAAUGCUUAAAAAGAAAAUCAGUGACGUUUAUAUCAGUCUUCUUGGAAGAAGUAAAGUCCGUAUCAGCACUCAGCAGAAACUGACAAAUAUAGAAAACAGACUUUUUGAAUUAUUACAACAACUUGAGAGCGCCCCUUCAGAAAAAGUAGAAGCCCUUUGGGAGAGUAUUCUUUUCCCCGAAUCACUCCGUCAUAAAUAUGAUGAUGGUGAUGAUGAUGACAGAACAACAGUUAUAUACGCCUGUUUGCUGGCUCUUCCAUUUUCAAAUGUUGAGAUGAUAUACUGCUACGAUCUACUCUUCACGUGUCCCUUUCUCACGUCUCUUCUCUCUGUCAGCCUUAUACAACGUACACCACGCAUCUUUGUAUAUAUUGAAGUUAUUAAUUUAUCUGUUUCCUUUAUUCAGAAAAGUACAUUGUCAGAUAAUCACUUUAGCGAGUUUUGA